GAAGAAGCCUAGCGCUGGUUCUCAACCAGCGAAAACACCUCGCCAGCAGUUCUCAGCAUGUCAUGCGUGCCGUUAUCGAAGACCCAAGUGCUGAUAUUACCUGUACCAACUGUCGAGAACGAGGUAUCAGGUGCAAGGAUGACUAUGCAGAUAGCAAGAAGCAGUUGCGUAGAGGCAAGCGGAUCAAUCAAUUGGAGCUCGAGGAUAAUCUCCAGGAUCAGUCAGAGGAAUUACCCAUGUAUAAUACUCCGCUCCGACCAAGGACUAUCAUCCCUACACUCAAACCAGA